CCCUCAUAUAGCUAGAGAGUAUCGAAUAUCACGUUAACCAGAUCAAUUCUGUAAACUGUUGUUGGGACAAGAUUUAUCUGUAAAAUGUGAACGGCAGUUGGACUGUAGCCAAGUCAAGGUCCAGGAUACUUUAGAAACCAGCACCUGUUGAUAGGAGACAUACCUGUAGUCAGCUACAGCUGCACUGGUGCUGAAAAUUACAACUCUGAAGCGGGAAAGAUGUCACGUAAGGGAAGAGAUUUCAUGUUGGACUUUGUAUUGGAAUUAAUGGACAAGACUGUGGGAGAAGACGAUUUGAUUAAAUCUUUAAGUCAGAACUUGGGGAAGAACAAAGAAAAGACUAAGAACAGAGACAGACUAACCAGCUACAGAUUUAAUGGUAGGGAGAAGACAAAGCAUAAAAGACUACAAGAGUCAGAUUCCGGAGAGUCUCUGCUUCAUAUUGCCGUCAGCUGUCAGAGGAAUGAAGUUGCCAAGAAAAUAUUUGAAUGUGAUCCAGGUUUAAUCAACUGUGAUAGAAAGGAUGAGGACUAUCGUGGACAGACGCCUUUCCACAUUGCCAUAGCCAAGGCCAAUCCUUACACGGGUGAUGGGCAAGAUCUAGUGGAAGCCAUGAUUGUCUCACUCAAAGAUAAAGGCAUGCACCACGAGGCGAUAGAACGUAAAGUUUCCGGAAAGAAAUUAAGAGGUACCGUUAUGUUAGGAGGGACGCCUUUGUCCAUUGCUGCUUUGGAUAAUAAUGAAACUAUAGUUGACCUUCUUCUUAAAAAUGGCGCUGAUCUAAAUGACUCGGACAGUUGUGGGAAUACAGUUUUUCACUCGAUGGUCCUGUACGCAUCUUUCUACCCAGAAAAAGAGCCUGAUAUUCUGAGGAUGUUUGACAAGUUGGCACAGCAGAACCAAAGGAAUAACAGACAAACUGUACAACGAGAAAAUGCCCGAAAACAAACUGCACUCCAUCUUGCUGCUGAGCUGGGUCUGGACAACGUGUUUAGUCACAUCCUUGAACUGAAGGAUGCAUACAAGUUCUUCUCUAGUCACGACGGCGUUUUUGAUAUCUACGAAUGUGAUAUAACAGAGCUUGAUAAGGCAACCUGGGAUAGAGCCGUUCUGCAGAUGUCACCUGACUACAGGAACACAGAACACAGAGCUGAAGGAUUGUCUAAAGGCAAGCAGGACACAUGGAUUGUAAGCUAUUGCAAGAAUCGGAGACAAAAUACGAACCAGAGUAUUUUGGAAAACAUUUGCGGUUUAAAGUCAACCACGGCAUUUGCGUUUCUGAACAACUACACAGUCCAAGAAGUUUUGUUCCUGAAGUGGAAGCGGUACUCGCUCGUCUACUACCUUUUCCUCGUUCUUCACCUGGCACUAAUGAGCAUCCUAACCUGGCAUUUGGAUCUGAAAGUUGACGCCAUCAUGAAUCCAGACACGGCACAGAAACAAACCUUGGUGGGUUUGAGUAUCUUCUCAAUCGUCAUAAGUCUCCUCUAUAUAAUUCUUGAGUUCCACAGAAGUUGUAUUUCUUGGCAACCCUUCCAUCUAACAAAACUGCAUCACAAUGGAGUGUACCGAUGCAUUUUUGUGCUAUUUGGUUUUGCAUUACUGAUAGACGCGUCGUGGAAUGUUGGAACUGUUACAAACAAUUAUUGUCUGGUAAUAGCAUUGAUCCUUGGUUGGUGGUCAACAACUUUCUUCCUGCGUGGAAUCAAUCCUUUGAGCUACAUAACACUGAUGUUACAAAAGGUCCUCUUUGGAGAUAUGGUAAAAUUUAUACCAAUCAUUUUCAUAAUGAUAGUAGGAUUUACAAGCGCAUUGCACAGCUCGUUUGCGGAAACUCGUCCUGAGAUGUUUGGUAACUUCUCUGUCAGCCUACUAACCACGUUCAGUCUGAUGACUGGUCAAGGACAGUUAGAACAACUUGAAGAAUCGAGCCAGGGAUCUGUCCUAGUUUUUGCUGUUUCGGUGAUAGUCAUCCAGAUAUUUCUCCUCAACAUCCUCAUCGCCAUUAUGUCCACCACAUGCGAAAGUGUCGAGAAUUCAAACAAGCUCUUGUGGCUUCAGAGAUUGUCCAUUGUCAUAUUCAUUGAAGGGAUAUUACCAAAAUGGCUGAAGCCACCCAUGGGGAGAGAGGGUAAGACAGAUUAUGGCAGUACCAGAUAUCUUCUAGAAAUUGACCGCUUAAGAGAUGAAGACUCCAAUUACAACAAGACCUUUGAGCAGAAUGGCAAUGCAAAUCUUACAGCAACACUGCGCAAGUUCCUGAACCAAUCCAAAGUAGGGGAGACAACAACACGCCCUGACGACGGAGCGCCCCCUGUUCAGUAUCUGGUCAUUGAUAACUAUGGAACGACUAAAUGAACAAAUAAAUAAGAAGGGACAGUAUUGUAAACAACAUUCUGACAAAUAACAAGCAAAGUUAAAAUUAGUAUCUGUGGGGAAAACCUCGAUAAGGCUGAACACAUGCUCUGCAGGAUCUUUGUCCGUGUAGAAGGUCCCUUUGUGAAAAAGGUUUUGCAUAUAUUUAUGUUUCGGAAUACAUGGAAUACCUAUGUUUUCAAUGUUAUGGAACACGACACGAUGAUGUCUCUUUUCUUCAAGAUUCCACUCCUCAAAGACCACAUGAUGGAUUGAUAGUGCAUAGUAAAGCAGUAAGGAGGGUGAAAGGAAGGGAGGUGGAAGGAAGGUGUAAGGCAGGAAGGUGUAAGGAGGUAAGGUGUAAGGAAGAGAGGUGUAAAGAAGGGAGGUGCAAGGAAUGAAGGUGGAAGGAAGGGAGGUGGAAGGAAGGGAGGUGGAAGGAAAUUAGGUGGAAGGAAGGGAGGUGGAAGGAAUGAAGGUGGAAGGAAGAGAGGUGUAAAGAAGGGAGGUGUAAUGAAGGGAGGUGUAAAGAAGGGAAGUGUAAAGAAGGGAGGUGGAAGGAAUGAAGGUAUAGGGAAGGGAGGUGGAAGGAAUGAAGGUGUAAGGAAGGGAGGUGGAAGGAAUGAAGGUGUAAGGAAGGGGGUGGAAGGAAUGAAGGUAUAAGGAAGGGAGGUGUAAAGAAGGGAGGUGUAAAGAAGGGAGGUGUAAAGAAGGGAGGUGUAAAGAAGGGAAGUGUAAAGAAGGGAGAUGGAAGGAAUUAUGGUAUAAGGAAGGGAGGUGAAAGGAAUGAAGGUGUAAGGAAGGGAGGUGGAAGGAAUGAAGAUGUAAGGAAGGGAGGUGGAGGAAGAUGUAAGGGGGUUGUAGUCAAAAGGGCCGAAAAGUAAAGUCAAAAGGACCGAGGCUAAAGGUCAAAUGGGCCAAAAUGAAAAGUCAAAAAGGCCGAAAAAAGGGCCGAAAAAUAAAGAAAAUUAAGAAAUGACAUAGUAAAAUAGUGUAAAUAGUAUAAAUAGUGUUUAGUUUG